CUUAUUUUGUUGCCUUUGGCCGUUCACCAGUUUCCCUCCGAAGUGUCCCCGAGACGAACGUUUGUUGGAAUCUAUUUCUUUCCUCCCAUGUUCGAUUAUUAUCCCGACUACUAGAAAAUCUGCUGGCUUUGUUCGAUCUAUUGAGCCAUCCUAUCGAUUUUUUUCUCCUCGGUCGGGUGAAUUUGUGUUGUUGCGGGUUUUUGCGCCCGUCCAUACGGAACCUCAUAUUCUAACCCCCGGACGACUACGCGACCGCCCGUGGUUCUUUCAUCCGAUCUCAUCAUGUCGUCCUCUGCGGCUGCCGCACCGGCCUCCAGCAAUAAUGCUGCUGCUGCUUCACCUGCAGAAUCGUCAACCGAAACCUCUGCAGAAGCAUCCCCCACGCCCACAAGCACGUCGUCUUCCACUGAAGCAACUCCCACAGAGACGUCGACGACAUCGUCCGAGUCUUCCACAACGUCUGACGCAGUGACGAGCAGUACUCCAGAUGCCAGCAGUACUACUCCCACGACAACCUCCGAGUCUACUACACCCACUUCUACCUCCGAAACCCCGACUACCACAUCAUCGACGUCGUCCGACGAGUCAACAACAUCAUCGACGUCCGAUGUAGUUACGACCAUUGUCACCCAAAGCCCCACCGGUGGGGGCUCGACCGGUCCGGCCACGGUCAUCAUCACCUCCACCGAAGCCUCCCCCUCGCAAACCGCCGGCAGCACGGCAGACGGUUCUUCUUCGACAUCGGGCAGCUCGCCGGCCAUCGAGUCAUCGAGCAAUGAUGAUUCCGGCUUGUCUGCUGGUGGUACCAUUGCGGUCGCCGUAGUGGUGCCCGUCGUAUCGGUCGCAAUCCUCGUUCUGGCUGCUCUGUGGUUCUGGCGCAAGUGGAAAGGCAAAAAGGCCGCCGAGGAAGAGCGGCGGAAAGAGGUGGAGGAGUACGGAUUCAACCCGAACAACGACCCCACGCUUCCGGCGUGGGGUACUACCUCGGCAGGCCGAAAGGCGUCGACCAAUCUGUCCAGUGGUGCCGGUGUUGGGUUGGCUAUGUCCGAGGCCAGCAGUGUCCCAGGCUAUCACCAUGCCACCUCCCCGAGUGAUGGCACCAUUCAGUACUCUGACGGUCAGGGCCCACCGGCAUCCGGUGAGGACGAAAGCAUUGGUGUCCUCGGUGCGGCCCCCGUCGCGGCCAACAACCGUGUCUCGGACAUUCGUCGCGGGCCAUCCAACGCAUCUUCCGCCUAUUCUGCCGCCAAUCGGUCAGAAGCAUCCGAUGAGAGCCACAUGUCAACCUCUCAUCCCACGGCACCGUUUUAUGAGGAUAACCCGUACUAUAAUGAAGUGCAUGCGCCGUACGGGGCUUAUGGGGAUGGUCCUUAUGGAAGCCCCCCUCAACCGGUGAUUCGGGAUGUCCAAGCUCGGCGCAACACCCGGAUUGAAAACCCUGCCGUUUUCCCUCGACAAGGUAAUGCAGGUAUUGCACAGAAUUUCUAAACGAGCAUGAGAAAUGCCAGAGAAAUGCUGUCAUUUUAUCUCUCAUGUUGCAUAGUCUCGCCAAUGUGUUGCAUUUUCGGCCAAUAUGUUCGAGUUUCGUGAGAUAUAAAAGUCAAGCAACUAAAAAGUGUUGGUAACAAGGACGGCAUCAGUGG